UAGUUGCCAUGUUGCGUAAUGUUAGAGAAAUGCUGCAGUUUUGUAGUUAUAUUUCCUAAAAAGUUAUUACAUACCCAGUCAUACGCGUGCUUCGAAAUUGGCAGCCGCAUCGCCUGCUAAUCGCGCACGCGCGCCCUCUAUUUUGAAAUUAGUUAUGGCAGAAACCGACGACGACGAAGUUGUGCAAGAGUUGGACGUUUAUAUUUCCAAAGCCUUGGCGGACAAACUUUACCUGUGUCAAUACCCGCUCCGGCCGGCACACAUGACGUACGACGAUGGCUACUGUCUGGAAGCCCGGGUGAAACCGAAACAACAGAAAGUUGAGAUAGAAUUCUCUCUAAAUACCUCCGGUCCUAACUAUGACAAAUCGAAGGGUGAGGCGAUAGCCCAGAAUGCUGAUGGGCACUCCGAAAAGGAUACAUAUUUCAACGGCGCAAUGAUGGACAAGCAAGUGCUGACAUCAACUAGAGCAGUGGCGUCAGCUGACAACUAUGCCGUCGGAUUGCUACGACCAGGUGAACUGCACCUGACUCCACUGCACGCAAUCGUCCAGAUGAAGCCGAGCUUUGCAUAUAUGGACAGGUCGGACACGGACAGUGGUGCUGUCGACACUUUCGCUGAUGGUGCGGAAGAAGAGGAAGACGAACCAAAAGCUGUGACCAUGCGAUUUGCCAGCACAGAGACGGACCGUCUGAAGAAAGCGCGGGAACGUUCCUACAAAUUCAUUCAGCAGCAGAUGGCCAAUGAACCAUGGACCAACGUCAAGUUCCACAACUUUGGGUCCGAAAUGUCCGGUGUGGAACGGACGAUGCUGUUGUGUCCUCAAAUGGACCAGGACAUGUCGGACCUUCCGGGAACACCGCAGGAUUACCUGAAAAGCUUGGUUGUCGAAAACGAAAGCAGUACAACCAGCGGAAGUUCCUCUUCUUCUGCGUCAAAAAUGGCGUCUUGUGGGCAGUCUAUGCAAGCACUACAAAAGCUACCUCUGCCAGACCAGAUCAAAUCUAUAAUGAUGAGCGCAAAAGUGAUCAACUUUGCCAAGUUGUUGUCGUUGAUGCCGAAAGCGGUUGAUGAGACGUCCAUCGUGAGGUCGCUCCAGCAGGUGGCAGUCCUGGUGCAGGGUUGCUGGGUUGUUAAAAGUGAAGUCCUCUACCCGAAAGAUUCCUUCAGUCCGCAGACGGGCGUCUCAGCUGACAUCCUGUGCAGGUCCAGGGACUAUGUGAUGUGGCUGUACACGCAGUCGCGGCACAUCGUUCAGCAGAAAUUGGUCGACACGAUCAGGCUUCCACCUGAAGAUGUAAAAAUGAUGCUGAGCAGCAUGGGCAGGCUGACCCCUCAAGGUUGGGAGUUCCUUCUGCCCUAUGACAAGAACUUUGUAUCGAGGCAUUCGGACGUAGUACAAAGGCAACAGAUGCUGUGGGAUGCCAAGCAGCAAUACCUAUCAAAGUCUUUCAAGGCAGCUCGUCAGGAAGCUAAAGGUCGAAACGACGCCAUCAUGCAAUCUCCACCGGCCGGCGGGAGGCCGCGGCAGCGGCGCAGGACACGAUCGCGCCAGGAUUCCAUGACAAGCGAAGGAAGCGGCUCCGAAAGUGGGACCGACAGGAUGGACGCGGAGUGCUCAAAGCCCAGGCGAGGGCCUGCUUCACCUUCAUCUAAAGGCAAAGCAGACGGCGAAGUGAGCAAAGCCAAAGUGAGCCGAGGACAAACCAAUGCAGACGCGACGCGUGUGUCGUCUGCCGUAAAAUGAAGUUGGUGCAUUUUAGUCACCGUUGUGUGCUGUGAAAAAUUUACUGCGUGUUCAGCAAGUUGGGGACAAUAAGGGAGAGAAUGAGAAUCUUGUGCAAAUGCUCGUGUGGACGGGCUCGGAACAUGGGUGCGCCCCCUUCAAAGAGAGUACCGCCGUGGGAGCAAUGUUCUCAGAACAUUUAAUACGGGACUUGGUGUCGCUGAGAAAGUGAAUGGUGUCAUGGCAACGAGUACCUCCAUAAGGGUAGCUACUUCUACUACUGACUACUACCACUAAUGUUGAUGUCAUCGUCGAUGCAAGUACCAUCGAGUAAUGUUCACGUGGUAUCACCGGAACUGUGGGUACUACUACGCGAGCGGGCAUCAUUUUUGAAGUGAGUACUUUCGUGACAUGGGAGAUAAUAUUAACGCGGAAGUUACUUCGCGACAGUGGCUAUCUGCCCCAAGGCAACGGCUGUUUUCGAAGAGAACAGCUGAGGGAAAACCUGGGGGAUUCCGUCGUCAUUUUCUUGACAUUGACUCAUCGCCUCUUGUUAUUAGCUAUAUUUAGUCGAGACGUUCAGCAUCACUUUCUUUUGAAAGAGUGGUUUUGGGGUCGUCCAGUAAAUAAUAAACGAGGAAAGAAAUUUCUCAGUAUGCAAUCAUGGGGGCUGUACAUAAUGUGUUGGAAAUGUUUCUUGCAAAAUAAAGCAGCUGUAUUUUGAAUGGG